AUGCCGACGCUGACCCGCCUUAUCCACCUUGGUCUGGGCUUCUUUUGCGCCCUAAAUGGUAUUGUCGCCUUCAACGUGGACUUUCGCUCGGGUCAACUUCGCUGGUCCCGGGGCCUGGGCAUCUACCGGAUUGUGCACAACCUCUUGGUCCUUGUUCUGACAUCGUUUUUGCUGCUUGACUUUUGGAAUAAGUUCUUUAACGAAAUCAGUGGCUCCAUACAGAUGACAAUGAACUUCUUUACCUAUUUCUUAAUGGUCUAUCUCACGGUGAUUAGCUGCGCGGACUGUUCCUUUCGCUGCCAAGGAAGAAUAUACAGAACCCUGUGUAAGUUGCAGCGCCAGGAUGAGCUAAGCAGGCGCAGAGGAUACACAGUUUCGAAGGACAAAGAGCGAUUCUUGGAUUGCUUGCUCCUCCUCCUCAUCGCCAUGUUAACCCUUCGGGUGGGCAUUCAUGUGGCCCUUAACGCUCUCCACUCCAGGAUGGGAUUCAGUCCGUGCUACUGCUUCAUGUCCGAGUGCAUGAUCUUUGCCAUGAACAGCUUGGCCUUUAUCAUUCUUACUGAGAUCUGCCGGUGCUGGUGGCGCAUGGAGUCGGGCCUAAAGAAAAUUAUCCUUGACCCCCAGCCAAGAUCUGUGGCCCACCGACUGUGCCAGAUUCGAAAGCUGGACGAAAUGUCUCAGUCCCUCAUCGACUUAACUGCGGAGGUGUGUGGCAUCUUCAAGUUCGUGUUCCUAUGGUAUUUGCUUCGGAAUCUUUGGAGCGGCAUUGUGGUGGGUUACCUGAUCAUCCGCAUAUUUCUGGGACAUGGUGACUCUGACGUGGCGUUCAUGUAUUUUGUGCUGGCCUUUGUCACCUGCAUCCAACCGUUGAUGUUCUCGUUGCUGAUGAACUCUGUGACCCACACAACCGGGUCCCUCCUCGAAGCAGCCAAGCAGAUUGUGCGAACAUCCUACAGCCACGAAGCUCAGGUGGAUCGAAGGAUGGAAUGGUUUUCGCUACAACUUGCCAGGCAGCACACAAACAUCACUGUUUUCGGAACAUUUCGCAUGAACAGAUCCCUGGCUUUCCGGAGCUCCUCUGUGAUCCUUCUACAUGUCCUUUAUAUGGUGCAAAGCGACUACUCAACGAUGUUUAAAUGA